AUGGCCCUCGAGCGCGCCACACCCAAAGAUCCGGCAAUGGCAGUGAACCAACACGAGGUGGGAUUGCGGCCGGAAACACCCCAGGAGAGCGACCCGGAUCAGGUAUCUUUGUUAAACCAGCCCGAGGAAUCGAAUGAUCACAAGCCUCAAAUGUCUGGGCAAUCAGCGGAGAUCCAACACCGAGAAGCCGACCUUGAUACAUCGUCGAAAAAGCCUGGACUUGUUUCUUUGGUUUGUACAAGAUGGUUGAUGGAGGUACUGGCCUGUGUCAUCGCCCUACUUGCUCUUGUUGCAAUCAUCAUAACUCUAGGAUUGCACGACGGACGUCCUAUUCCAGAUUGGCCUUUCCGGAUAUCAGUAAACGCUGUCGUGUCUAUAUUUUCUGUCAUACUCAAAGGCACAAUGUUGGUGCCGGUUGCCGAAGCCGUCAGUCAGCUAAAGUGGUCGUGGUAUAAAGAGCCGCGUCCUCUCGAUGACUUUGCGAGGUUCGACGAUGCAAGUCGCGGUAUCUGGGGCUCGGCCCGGCUCAUCACCAGACUGCGCGGGAUGCACCUUGCGUCGCUUGGAGCAGCAAUUAUGAUCCUAGCAGCUGCGAGCGACCCGUUCAUUCAGCAGGUCAUAAAAUAUCAGCCUUGCUCGCAGAAAGUCAGUAGUGCGCAGGCCACGAUGCCACGCACAAACAACUACACAGCCUAUGGCGCUCAUGUUGGCGCCGGAUUGUACACCAUAGACGCACCUAUGGAAAAAGCGCUCUACAAGGGAUUUUACGACUCUUUCAGUCCAGUGACACCUACAUGCACCACCGGAAACUGUACUUUCCCCAAUUACAGAACAGUUGGGGUUUGUAGUAUGUGUAGAGACAUCAGUGACACGAUCAACACCACCUGCAAAGCAAGCAAGUCCGUUGAAGGGGGUCAAGCUUGCUCGUGGGAACUGUCAUCCAGCCUCCGUCUUAACAACUCCGCCCCCGUUACUCUGGUCGCGGAGAGCAGGCAUGCUAUGACCAACCCCAGGGGCUUAACCUCGAGCCGGAUACUCACCUUUACGAAAAUACUCGACUACAACACGGAGCACCUAGGAAACCUUUUACAGGGGGAAUCCGGGCUCCUAGCAGCAGAAUGCUUCCUCAUUCCCUGCGUGCGAACAUACAGCGCCGAGGUUGUCCAAGGCCAGACGUCCGAGAAACUCCUGGCAAUUGAGGAAAUGGCCAAGAUGAACACUAGCACAACCCCCUACAACAGCUUCUUCCGCACUCCCAUGCCUUGCAUAAAAGAUAAUCAACUCUACAAUGCCACGGCAUUCACCGAACGCAACGAAACGAAUUGGAUACCCGUAAAAGGCCUCUUGGAGAACAACCAGACAGCCUACCUCCCGAAAGAAUGCAUAUUUAUCUGGGAAAACUCCAUCGGAAUACUAGAAAACCUGCCCGAGUACCUCACCGGCUACGUCCAAAGCGCUCCCAUCAUCGACAAAGCGGACCCUCAGUGGAUGAAAGAGCUCUUCAACAAAGACAACGCCUCGCUCGAAACCAUCAACGCGACGUGGUCUGCCAUUGCCGAGUCCAUGACGAUCCACAUCCGGCAGAACGGCGACGAGAGUAACAGCGCGCCCGCGGCUGGCAUCGCAUCCCAUACCAACACGUGCAUCAACGUACGAUGGCCGUGGCUGGCUUACCCGGCUGCACUGCUCGUGCUGACGUUUUCGUUCUUGCUAGCGACCAUCCUGCACAGUUUUGGUCAUGUGGGUCAUCGGAUUUGGAAGGCGUCGCAGCUGGCUGUGCUUUUCCAUGGCUUGGAUGAUGCUUUGAGAGAAAAGUGCGGCGUUGUAGACCGUACUGACCAGAUGGCGUCUACUGCAAGGGGGUUGCAUGUCCAGGUUAAGCAUGAAGAGACUGGAAUGAGGUUUGUAGAAGCUUUUCCGCGUGAAAAGUGA